GCCAGGGUUAAUUGGAUCUUGUGGAGUCUGCCUACCCUAGUUUGGCACGUGCUCACCGAAAAUAUUUUAACAGGGUUUUUCGAGACCAGUCUACAGACAGAGGACGAUCUUUCUAUUGGCGAGUGGUGAUAUGUCAAUCGCAAGCCACUGCUAGUACAUUAGGACAAGGAUAACGGGCAUUUGUAUUACAUAGACCCGUAUCCCAGUUUUCGAGACGACAGAGAUGCGUCUGACUGCAGUCACUGCCACACACCUGGUGGCACUGAUCCUAUGCGUUGAAAAGGUGACCAGCAAGUGCACCAAGACUUGCGCUUCAUGCGUGCCAUGCAGAAGGUCAUGCGGGCCUGACGAAGUGGCCAGCCCAGUAGGGGUGCGGCAACAGGACAACUUUUGCAAGCCGAAGCUGACGAACCCGAGCGAGCUGAACAAGCUGAGGGAGUGCUUGUGCAAGCCAGGUUACCUACGGAACGCGUGGGGGAAAUGCGUACGCAAGGAGGACUGCUACAGUUGCCUCCACAAAGCGAACAUGGAUUUCAACUACUGCUCCUCAUCCUGUCCCACAGACCUGCUGGGGUGCUCGAGCACCGAAACUGCAGCAUUCUAUGCGUUAGAGGCUGCGCCUGCGCGCCGGGAUACAGCAGGCUCUCUCCAGGAGGACCAUGCGUACGCCCCGACCAGUGCCCCAUCGGUUCUCCGGCGCCCGCUCCAACAUGUCCCGGCCCUCAUCAAAUCUACACAGCUUGUCCGUCCCCGUGUCCUAUUACGUGCGCUAACCUGAAAAAUCCACCCACAGCGUGUCCCGCUAUCUGCGGUGACCGUCACUGUGUUUGCGUACCUGGAUAUCUCGCUGUGCAGGAAAAUCCCCUAAAGUGCGUGCGCAUCGACGAGUGCCCUGGCCAUGAAUCGUCGAGAUGCCGGGGCCGUCACCAGACGUACACGACUUGUAAACCGCGCUGUCCAGCUACCUGCGCUUCUAAUGCUACCAGAAUCUGCCUUGCGGGAUGCGCGGGCGAAGGCUGCGUCUGCAAGACGAGGUUACGUCAUCCUCAGAGAAAAUCCUUUGACGUGCGUACGUCGCCACGACUGUCCAGCCAAGCCCAUGAUGUGCACCGGUCACGGUCAAGUGUUCACGACGUGCAAAUCACGCUGCCCGCCCUCGUGCUGGGACAGUGGACCUCAAGUAUGCACGGCCGACUGCGCUGGUCAGGGUUGCGAGUGCAGGCAAGGCUUUGUGCAGUUGCAAGCCAAACCUUUAGUCUGCGUCCGGCGCGACAAGUGUCCCUCUCCCCCAUUGCAGUGUUCAGGCGAAAAAUCAGGUUUAUACGCGUUGCAGGUCACCCUGCCCUGCGACUUGCGCUGCACUUUGGUGUUCCUCGUGUCUGCGGUAAUAAGUGUGCGGGUGAAGGGUGCGUCUGUAAGGAAGGAUUUGUUAUGCUGAAGGAAAGACCUCUCAAAUGCGUUCGUCCCGACCAAUGCAUUUCGGACUGCGGAAAAAUGUGCAGCGACAAACCAGGUGUACUCGCGAUGCAAAUCUCGGUGUCCCGAGACAUGCGACGAACCCGGACCUCGCAGAUGCACCAAGGAAUGUGCUGGUGUUGGAUGUGUUUGCAAACCAGGCUUUGUACAGCUGUACGAGCAACCGCUUUUGUGCGUCCCUCGCGGCCAGUGUCCAGUGAAGCCAGAACAGUGCAUUAGGGGCGAAUCAAGUGUACACAUCUUGUAAAUCGAGCUGCCCCGACACUUGUGAAGAUCGCAAUCUAGGUCCACGUGUGUGCACCGCCAAUUGCGCUGGUCAAGGAUGUGUCUGCAAAGAAGGUUACGUUGUGUUAAGCGCUAACCCACUGGUCUGCGUCCUGCGACAGCAAUGCCCACCCAAGCCAACACCGUGUACCGGUGCUAACCAAGUGUACACGAACUGCAAGUCGCGCUGCGUAGGAAACAUGCGCAGAUAGUGGACCAAAGACAUGCACGCUUGACUGUGCAGGUGAUGGAUGUGUCUGCAAAAAAGACUACGUUCAAUUACAGGAUAACCCACUUAUAUGUGUCCGCCGUGAUCAGUGCCCAUCGAGACCACAGCAGUGCCCUGGUGCUAAUCAGGU